AUGACAGUGCCAGGAACAAACUCCACCUUUGUGACUGAGUUCCUCUUUGAAGGUUUCUCCAGUUUUGGAUGGCAACACAGGCUUGUCUUCUUUGUUGUUUUCCUAACGUUGUACCUGCUAACUCUGUCUGGCAAUGUGAUUAUUGUGACCAUUAUUCGCCUGGACUAUCACCUUCAUACUCCCAUGUAUUUCUUCCUGAGCAUGCUGUCCAUCUCUGAGACCUGCUACACUGUGGCGAUCAUUCCGCGUAUGCUUUCCAGUCUCCUGAAUCCUCGGCAAACUAUUUCCUUUCAAGACUGUGCCACCCAGCUCUUCUUCUAUCUGACUUUUGGCAUCAACAACUGCUUUCUGCUUACAGCCAUGGGAUAUGACCGCUAUGUGGCCAUCUGCAACCCCCUGAGGUAUUCAGCUAUCAUGGGCAAUAGGACUUGUAUCCAGCUGUCCUCUGGGUCCCUGGGUAUUGGCUUGAGCAUGGCCAUUAUCCAGGUAACAUCUGUGUUUGGCCUACCGUUCUGUGGUGCCUUUGUCAUCUCCCACUUCUUCUGUGAUGUGAGACCCCUGCUGAAGUUGGCUUGCACAAAUACCACGGUCAAUGAGAUUGUCAACUUUGUUGUGAGUGUCUUUGUUCUUGUUCUACCAAUGGCCCUGGUCUUCUUCUCUUAUGUCCUCAUUAUUGCCACCAUCCUUAAGAUUGCUACAGCAGAGGGCAGGAAGAAGGCCUUUGCUACCUGUGCCUCCCACCUCAUGGUGGUCAUCAUCCACUAUGGCUGCGCCUCUAUCAUCUACCUCAAGCCUAAGUCCCAGAGUUCCUUGGGGCAGGACAGACUCAUCUCAGUGACCUACACUGUCAUCACUCCUCUGCUGAACCCUGUGGUGUAUAGCCUGAGGAACAAGGAGGUCAGGGAUGCUCUGGGAAGAGGAUUCUUAAAAAAGCCAAUCUCCACUUAG